AUGGAAGAAGAGUUUGAAGAAAUUAAUCAGUUCAACAAAAUAAGUGAAGAAAUUGAUAAAAAUGAUCGAAUAGCCGUAAAUAACUUAAUUGAUAAACUUAGAAGCUGUUGUUCAUGUAAAAACAGUUGUAUUGAAAAGGUUGUACCAAGCCUUUUACAAUCCUUGGUAUUAGAAAUCGAAUAUCGUUUUCAAAUUAAAGGUCAUACUAGAAAUUCAGUCGAUCAUAGAUUUGGCCUUACAAAACAGAAGUAUGCUAGAUCAGAAGUUUGGUGUAUGAACCAAUUAGCAGAAGUAAUAGAAAAAAGUGCAAGUAACAAUAUGCCUGUAAAUUUGGAGAAUCAAAUAGGACUAUUCCGUGACUAG